UAAGAAUUCGAGAAACAAGAUUAAUUAAAUUGAAGUUGAAGAAGUUUAUCAUAAAUAUUGACCCCCUGGUCACACAAACAAAUUUAAAUAGUGUUAUUAUUGUGAACGAUUAGUUUGCUGGUGGUAUUUUACAUGAUUAGUUGUUACUUUAUCUAACGUUGUUAAUUUAAGAGAAAAUUAAGAUGGCAACAGGUGGUGGAAAAAUUGCUUUAAUAUCAGUAUCGAACAAGCUGGGCUUGGUGGAUCUAGGCAAGAACCUCCACAGCCUCGGGUUCACUUUAGUAGGAAGCGGUGGUACCGCAGCCAUUCUAAGAGAUGCUGGUUUACCCAUCAAAGACGUCUCCGAUAUAUCCGGAGCUCCUGAGAUCCUAGGAGGAAGAGUGAAGACGCUACAUCCAGUCGUACACGGAGGAAUCCUAUCUAGAUUAAUCCCGUCAGAUCAAGAUGAUCUGAAGAAGCAGAAAAUCGAAAUGAUCAGAAUCGUCGUAUGCAACUUGUACCCGUUCGUAGAAACCGUUUCCAAUCCCAAUGUAAACCUCGACGAUGCCAUCGAAAACAUCGAUAUCGGCGGCGUUACUCUACUAAGAGCAGCCGCCAAGAAUCACCAAAGAGUCACCGUCAUAACGGACCCCUCUGAUUACUCGAAAGUCAUACAAGAACUCAAAACCAACCCCAACAAAGACACCCUAUUGCAGACCAGGCAAACGUUGGCUCUGAAAGCAUUCACUCAUACAGCAGAGUACGAUGCCCAUAUAUCCGAUUACUUCCGCAAGCAGUUCUCGAACGGCGUGUCCCAGUUGCAACUGAGGUACGGGAUGAAUCCUCACCAGAAACCCGCGCAAAUUUACACGACGUUAGAACAACUACCGCUGACCGUAGUUAACGGUUCUCCGGGUUUCAUUAAUUUGUGCGACGCUCUGAACGGCUGGCAAUUAGUCAAGGAGCUCAAAGCCGCCCUGGGCCUACCGGCAGCUACGAGUUUCAAGCACGUUUCACCGGCUGGUGCAGCUGUAGGUUAUCCUCUAGACGAAACUCAGGCUAAAGUUUGCAUGGUAGACGAUCUUUUAGAGCAGUUGUCGCCGCUCGCUGUAGCUUACGCGAGAGCUAGAGGCGCCGAUAGGAUGUCGUCCUUCGGCGAUUUCGUGGCUUUAUCGGACGUUUGCGACAAACCUACGGCCCGAUUGAUAUCCAGAGAAGUCUCCGACGGCGUCAUCGCGCCCGGUUACACUCCCGAAGCCCUCGAGCUGUUGAAGAAGAAGAAAAACGGGAACUACUGCAUCCUGCAAAUCGAUCCCGCCUACGUGCCGAAUCCCAUCGAAAGGAAAGUUCUGUUCGGGUUGACUUUGGAGCAGAAACGCAACGAUGCCGUAAUCGAUAAGUCGCUGUUUACGAACGUUGUAACGGAGAACAAGAACCUCCCGGAGGGCGGCGUUAGAGAUCUGAUUGUGGCUACGAUAGCCCUGAAGUACACGCAGAGCAACUCCGUGUGCUACGCCAGGGACGGGCAAGUGAUCGGCAUCGGCGCCGGGCAACAGUCUCGAAUACAUUGCACGCGUUUGGCGGGAGAGAAGGCCGACAAUUGGUGGCUGAGACAGCACCCCAAAGUGUUGAGCAUGAAGUUCAAGAAGAACGUGAAGCGCGCGGAAAUAUCCAACGCCAUCGAUAAUUACGUUAACGGGACGGUGGGAAAGGAUAUGGACAGGGCGGCUUUCGAGAAGAUGUUCGAAGAGGUGCCUAUCGAAUUGACGGCCGCCGAGAGGCAAACCUGGCUGAGUAACCUCAACGGAGUGGCGCUCGGAUCUGACGCCUUUUUCCCAUUCAGAGACAACGUCGAUAGAGCUAGAUUGAGCGGCGUUUCGUAUAUCGGUAGCCCGUCAGGAUCCACGAACGACGAAGAAGUCAUUAAAGCUUGCAACGAGCACAAAAUCGUACUAGCCCAAACCAAUUUACGUUUAUUCCAUCAUUAAUUACAUGAAAUCUUUAUUGUUUAUAAUUAAAUUUUCUAUAUUCUAAAUAUAUUGUUAUAUUCAUACAUAAAAUAUACGAUUUAUAUACUUU